AUGCAUGCAACUCACAUAAUUCUUGGACAACCGUGGCAAUAUGACAGGCAAGUGAGUUUUGAAGGAAUGAGUAAUAAGUACUCUUUUAUGUACAAGGAUCGCAAGAUCACUCUUUCACCUCUAUCACCUAAACAAGUUCGAGCAGACCAAGAAAGUCUACAAAAAGAGUUCGAACUAGAGAGUGAGAGGAAAAAGAAAGAACUUAGAGCCGAGAAAAAUGAAAAGAAAAAGGCAAUUGUGAAUUCGGCUAGUGAGGAAAGGAAAAGAAAAGAUGGAAAAAAUAAGGAAAAGCACUUGAUGCUUGUAAAAGCCAAACAAGUGAAACGAAUUUUAAGUGAACGACAACCGCUUCUUGUACUUGUGUGCAAUGAAGUAGGGUUGUCCAAUGACGAUACAUUUGCUAACUUUCCUUCUAUUGUUGCCCCAAUUUUGCAGGAUUACAAGGAUGUUUUUUUCGAGGAUAUUCCAAGUGAUUUACCACCUAUUCGUGGGAUUGAACACCAGAUAGAGUUCGUACUUGAAACAAUCAUACCUAACUGUCUAACUUACAAGAGCAACCCCGAGGAGACAAAGGAGCUACAACGCCAAGUGGCCGAGUUACUAGAUAAGGGAUGA